GGAAUACUCGAUUUUUUGAACCAAUCAUCAAUUUCCGACCUCAACAUGUCUUGUGCCAGACACAGCCCAAAGCUUGUGCUGCUGGUGCUGAAUUUCUUGUUGUUUGUCAGCGCCGUGACGUUUCUUGUGACAGGUCUCUGGCUGUUGGUGAUUACCGGACUCUUUGAAACGGACAUCAAGCGUCUACUGGACACCAUCGAGUACGACGGAGUAAAAAUCGGCACGUUCCUGUUUUCGGCUACGCUGUUGUUCAUCAUUGCGGGGGGAGUGCUACUGUUUGUGGCUGUGUUUGGAGCGGUCACCGCCUGGAAGAAAGUCAAAGGAUGUCUCGUGGUGUACGUGAUCGUGACGAUCGUGGUGAUAGUUCUACAGGGUGUCACCGUGGGCUUGAUGAUCAAGACAAGGAUCCGGAGUAGCGAUUGGCUUGAAGGUCAGCUGCUCAAACAGCUUGAAGGAUACCAGGGCCCGACUGCGACGGACCAGACGUCGAAAAGCUUCAACCAGCUUUUUAUGAAGACGGAGUGCUGCGGCGUGUCAGCCCACGGUGAUCCGAAGUCCGUAUCAACGUCGACCACUUGGUAUUCGGCGGGAGCGGAAGUACCGGCUACGUGUUGCAAGGGUGUGACGUCAUCCACGGCAGGAAACGUUUGGACAUCCUGUACCAACACCCCGAAAAACUACUACACUAAGCCCUGUUUCAACAGAAUAGAUGACAUCAUCAAUACUGCAAGUCUGAUCUCCAACAUCGUGUCCGGAAUCAACUUCAUCAUGCAUGUUCUUGCUGUAAUUCUGGCUUGCUUGACCCUGGACCGUGCCAAAAACCGUAUCCAGCAUGUUGCACCAAAUACCUCAAGGGUCAAUCCACCACCGUAUAUCAGCAUCGAUGCUGUUGUGAAGAACAAAUUCAACGUCACCAAGACAAAGGCUCUGGGUGGAAAGAAAUUCUAACCAUUUUACCUGAAAAAACCCUGUCAGUUUAUUCAUACAUUACAAGUUCGACGUUUAUAAGAUUUAUUAAAAUUUGAAUGUUAUCUUAAUCAAGCCCCUUUUCAUUAAUUUCAAUGAAAUAAACUUGGCCUGAGUUUUAAAAAUUGAAAAUAAAACCAUUGUGGAAACAGCUUUUCUCUUAAAUAAAAUGUGAAAUGAAAAAGGUCCCAUCGAUAUCGGAGGAGACCGCAUGAUAUAAUGGGCAAAAUAUAGAUUGAUGCAAAAAAAUAAUAUAUCUUAGUUUUAAUGCAUCAUUAUGUUUAACUUAUUUGACUUUUAUUAUCACAACAGCAAAAAAGCAUGAGGGUUGUGUAAAGAUAAAAGUGUUAGCGAUAUUUUGGCGCUUUUAACGGGGUUAUUCUUGACCACGUAGCUAUAAACAAAAAAACGUUUAUGAAGGCUAACAAUUUUUUUGUCUGUGUUUUUUAUAUGGACACUUUGUGAAGACAUUAUAAUUGUUUAUCAACUUUUUAAUUUGUUUGCAUGUAGUUGUGUUUUGUAAAAAUGAGGGGAUCGAACAGACGGCUUGAUUAAAGGGGUACACUUUAGGGUAUUUUUUAUUUUGUGAUGCAUUAUUAUGUUCAUUGGAUUUUUAUGCUUAAAAAGGUAGCAAUAUUUUCGCGCUUUUUACUGCGGAUUUUGUGGCUACGUAGCUAUUAAUUGGAUUUUUUUUGAUUUUUUAAAGGCUUACAUAUUUCAAAAAAACGGAUACCUUGUAAGGAGAUAUUAAUUGUUUAUAAACUUGUAAACUUUAAUGAAUUUAGUUGUGUAUUGUAAAAAGUAUUGUUUUGUUAUUCUUUAUUAAACGUUGAA